AUGUUACCAAAUCCAAAUGAACGGAUUCAAGUCGAUACAAGUGACGACGACUCUCUGUUCGAUACUCAAUCCCUAGUAGGUUCGAACCUCUCCUUCGCCUCCUCCGUCCGCGACUACAACUAUGAAAAUGGCCGCCGCUAUCACGCCUACCGAAACGGCCAAUACCCUUUUCCAAAUGACGAGGAAGAACAAGACCGCCUUGCCCUUAUGCACCACCUCUUCAAGCUCCUGACCGGCGGGGACCUUCUCCGCGCCCCAAUAAGAGAUUCUAAACCACGCCGCGUCCUUGACAUCGGCACAGGAACAGGUGAAUGGGCUAUCGAAAUGGCCGAGGACUACCCGUAUGCCGAUAUCAUCGGUACAGAUCUCAGUCCUAUCCAGCCGAACUGGGCGCCUCCUAAUUGUCGCUUCUUUAUCGAUGACGCCGAGAGUGAUUGGACUUUCUCGCCCCAUGAAAAGUUCGAUUAUAUCCAUGCCAGGAGUAUGGGUGGUGGUAUUGGGGAUUGGUCUAAGUUGCUGAAGCAGGCUUAUCAGCAUCUCAAGCCUGGUGGUUGGUUUGAGGCACAAGAGUUCGAGGCUUUGGUGCUCUCCGACGAUGGGACCCAUGAGCAUGCGACUUCCAUUCUGGGCUGGCAGGAUUUAUUGAACCAGGCUAGCACGAAGUUCGGGAAGCCUAUGAAUGUCGCCCCGAGACUUACGCAGUGGAUGGAGAAUCAGGGCUUUGCCAAUGUCACAGACGAUAUUUACAAGUGUCCGGUCGGUGGCUGGCCCAAGAACCGCCGCCUAAAAGAAAUCGGUCGCGUCGGCAAAGUCACCAUUCUGGAAGUCGUUGAGCCAUACACGCUGGCACUGUUCACCCGCGUCCUUGGCUUCUCAUACCAAGACGCCCAGGAGUACAUGGAUAAGGUGCGUGCCGAGUUGAUGAGCAACUCGCACCACCUCUACGUCCACUUCCACUUCAUCUACGGACAAAAACCAUUCGACUCCGACACGCGCUGA